CGCGCAUAAAAGUAGCACUAGCCAAUAGGGACUUAAAGCAGAUAUGAAAGCCUGCAAAUUUAGACUCUAGAGCAAGCAUCGUUGUCUAUAUAUAUAUGGAAAUCCGAGCUUCUCAAAUUGGAGGCCAAUGCCAUAGAUGAAAUGAAGAGUUUAGUAAUGGAGAGUCAUAAGGCUUAUAUUGCAAUGCUCUUCAUACAAUUUGUGUAUGCAGGUAUGGCCUUGUUCUCUAAGGCAGCAAUUUCUAAAGGAAUGAACCCCUUUGUCUUUGUGGUUUAUCGUCAAGCUUUUGCCUCCCUUGCCUUGGCUCCCUUUGCUUUCUUCCUUGAAAGUUCAAUAGAAGCUCCUCUUUCCUACACCUUACUCUGCAAGAUUUUCUUAGUUUCCUUAUCUGGGAUUACCCUGAGUUUAAAUCUCUACUAUGUUGCAAUCAACUACACCUCUGCAACCUUUGCUGCAGCCACCACCACUUUAAUUCCUUCAAUCACUUUUGUCAUGGCGGUUUUAUUAAGGAUGGAAAGCAUUUCUAUGAAACGUUUGUAUGGAGUGGCCAAGGUGUUGGGUUCUGUCACAAGCCUUUCAGGAGCAUUGGUGUUUGCCUUAGUGAAAGGGCCCUCCAUAAAGUUCAACUGGGUUCCAUCAAAUCAAGGGCAAAUUCCAGAUUCCUCCUCAUUAUCUUCCUCCACAGGAGGAGAGUGGUUAAAAGGUUCCCUCAUCAUGCUCUCAGCCAAUACUGCAUGGUCUUUGUGGCUAAUUCUGCAGGGUCCCAUUAUCAAGCAAUAUCCGGCAAAGUUGAGGCUCACCACUCUCCAAUGCUUCUUCAGCUGCUUGAUGUCAGCUUGCUGGGCCAUUGCAUUUGAGAGAAAUCCAUCAGCUUGGAAGAUUGGAUGGGACAUUCAUCUUCUCUCUGUGGUCUAUUGUGGCGUAGUUGUAACUGGGAUUACUUAUUGGCUACAAGUUUGGGCCAUAGAGAAGAAAGGCCCAGUUUUCACUGCAAUGUUCACUCCAUUAUCACUAAUUAUAACAGCCAUCUUCUCAGCAUUGAUAUGGAAAGAAGCCAUCUACUGGGCAAGUAUUGGAGGGGGUGUAUUGCUGAUUGCGGGUCUCUAUAGCGUUUUGUGGGGAAAGAUGAAAGAGGAACAAAAAAGCAAAGAAAGUGAUCAAAAACAAGAAAACAAGCAAGAAGUCGUAUAAUAUUAAAUGUGAUAUAGAUGGGAGGUGGAUUGAAGAGAAUUUGCUUCAAUGAUUGAAUCAAUAAAACGCAUUUCACACAUAAAGUUUAGAUGCAGACCAUUUGGAGCAGUCAUGAUCAUCUUUUUUGUAGCUACCAAUCGAGUGCUAAAGUUUCUAUAUUUUUCUAAGAUUUCAUUUUAGUAGUAUUCUAAAUUUGUAUUGCAUAUGUAUAUAUAAAUGGGUGUUAUCAAAUAGAUAUGUAUUUGCAAAAUUUGCGAGCGGAGGCGCGCUAAAAUUUAUGAAUGGUUAAACUUCACGGAUUAAGUGUAAA